GUUCCUCACAGGAAGAAGCCCACCCACACAACUGUGAACUGCUGGUUCUGCAACCAGGACACUGUGGUGCCAUAUGGGAAUCGCAACUGCUGGGACUGUCCUAACUGUGAACAGUACAAUGGUUUCCAGGAGAACGGAGACUACAACAAGCCCAUUCCCGCCCAGUACAUGGAGCACCUCAACCACGUGGUGUCUGGCGCCACUACUUUCUGCGACCCCACCAAGCCGCAGCAGUGGGUGAGCAGCCAGAUCUUGCUGUGCAAAAAAUGCAACAACUACCAGACCAUGAAGAUCAAGCAGCUGGCGUCCUUUGCACCCAGGGAGGAGGGUAAAUACGACGAGGAGAUCGAGGUCUAUAAGCACCACUUGGAGCAGACCUACAAGCUCUGCCGCCCGUGCCAGGCCGCUGUGGAAUAUUACAUCAAGCACCAGAACCGGCAGCUCCGGGCGCUGCUGCUGAGCCACCACUUCAAACGCCGGGAGCCCGACAAGCCCUGCAUGCAGAGCUUUUGCUCCUCGUCGUCCUCCAUGACCACCCCGACUCAGGUGAUAAUAUUGCGGUUCCUGACCUUCCUCAGCUGUGCGUUCCUUGUCCUGACGGCUUCCUACGGGUCCGGUGACCCCUUCUCCCUCAAAGUCAUGGCCCCGGCGUCUGUGGAACAUGGCCCAAUGGCCAUGGGGAAUGGGACUAGCGCAAGCCCAGCAGCGGCUUCGGAGAAUCGCACUCUCUUAGGCGUGACCGGCUGGUGGGAACUGCUCCACCUGUUGCCGGAGCAAACGGUGAAGACCUUGAGCUUUGCUUGGACCUACGGGAGGAACCAUCAGAUUGCAGUCGUCGUCCUCGGGCUGUUCACCUGCUUGUUAGCCAUGCUCAUGGCCGGACGGAUCAGGCUGCGGAGAAUCGAUGCCUUCGCCUCAGUCCUGUGGCUUCUGGUGAUGGGUCUCCACUUGGCUGAGGAGUACCUGAAGGCGGACACACCCAGCUGGCUGGACACAGCCAAAUUUGGCACCACAUCCCUGUGCUGCCUGGUGGGCUUCACCGCAGCAGUGGCCACGCGGAAGUCAACGGGCCAACGGAGAUACCGCCCCCGAAGGUAUCUUUCUGGGGAUUCGGUCACUCUGUUCCCUUAUGGCUCUGGGAUUGGUUUCCCUUGUUCUGCUGCCUCGCCGUCUGUUUUUAUCCCAACGCCCCCCAGCAUCCUCCAGCUGACGAACCAGCAGUUCUUCAGAUCCCCACGUAGGGCUUCCUCCUCCUCGCUCCCUGGACGUCUGAACAGGGCCCUCUCCCUGGGCACCAUGCCUUCCCUAGCCAGGACAGAUUCUGGCUACUUGUUGUUCAGUGGCAGCCGUCCGGCGUCCCAGGCAUCUCAGUCAAAGGAGUCGCCCGCAUCAGAGUACUACUCCCUGCUGUCUGGAAGCUGCGCCUCAUCCCCCAUCCCGUCACCAGCACCUUCGGUGGCUGGAUCCGUCACCUCCAGCUCAGGCUCCUUGCGCUACCGCCGUCCCCUUAUCAGUCCUGCGCGCCUGAACCUGAAAGGGCAGAAGCUGCUGCUCUUCCCAUCCCAGAGCGAUGCUCUGCACACGCCAACCAGCCUGGAUGAGCCCACCCACGCCGACAGCAACGUCUUCGCUGCUGAGCUGUCCCCGUUCCCGAAAAAGAACCUCAACGAGCGGGCAAUGCAUGAUAUGAGGGCAGCCAUGGGAAGAGGGAGUAUUUGCAGUAACAAUUCCAUCAAAAAGGAGGAUAAUUCGUCACAUUCAUCCACCUGUGUGGUGGACACGACCACCAAAGGAGAAGAGCCAGCAGGCUGGAGAGGUCAUUUUGGGAACUCCAUUAUCCGAGGUCUCCUAGCCAUGAGCCUGACAGCCAAUGCUAUCUUCACAUCUGCCUACCUCUACCAGAGCCUGCGCUGACCCAUGCUGCUUCUCCACUUGGUGGCGCCACCCACUUCCCAAGAGACUCUACGAGAAGAAUUCAACCACAGCUUCAGUGUCUUUUGGCUAUGCCACAGGUGCAUGCUGCUUAUCCACCACUGCCCGCCAGGCUGCAGCGACAAAGAACCACACAGCUGCUGCUGUCACCACCUCUGAGCAGAACGUACUGAAGGGCUGUUGUGAGGCUGGAGAUGGCCGGCGGGACUCUUCGCAAUGCCCGCUCAAGGUGAGAGGUCAGCUAACGUCCCUUGCACCUUCUUUCUAAGGAUUCGGUCUGUGACAUGAACUAGAGAAGAUGUAAAUGAGCUGGUUGGCUCGGUCUCAUCCCAUCUUUCCCACGGAUUAACCAACCUCACAUGGAUGGCAGUGAUGGAAUAAGAAGAAUUAGAACAAAUAAAUUGGAGACAAGAGACAGGACUUGAGCUUCAGAUAUUGAAAUGGCUUCCCCGGCCUGGUUUCCUUAUUAGCACCUAGUCUGUCUCCCCUGUUCGUUGUAUGUGAAUGGUUUUAUGUCCUCCUUAAGGUUGGUGGGGACUUUAGCUGCUCUGUGAUUCUCUUGCAUGGGGUGUAUGUGCGUGCAUGUACUUCUGUCUGGUCUGCUGUCUGAGGUCUAGUGAGCCGGGUACUUCCCUGUGAUGCUGGCUCCUGGUAACUGUUCAUGUCCAUUGCUCAAAUGUGUGCAGCUGCUGUAGGGCUGGGCACGUCUGCAUUAAGAAAGUAAGCUCAUGCUUUUCACCUUGCCAGGAAGCGCCAAUACUGCUGUAAUAAGAUGUGCCCUAAUCCACUUGGGUUGUGCCUCAGGGGCUCUAGUUCUGACUGCGCGUGUGGUUGCUGGAGUCGGGAGCUGCACAGCUUGUUCUUACUGUAAACCAUACUAACAUACUGUGUGAAGGGCACUGCUAACAGGGAGACGUCGGAUAACAUGCUCCACUCUAGAGGCUCACCUCUGGUCUUUGGGAAUGGUGUGUAUAAGAUAUUAUCUGCUUGGCUAAACUGCAAGUCUCUCUGCACUAGGGAUGCACCAGACCAGCUGAGCCUCCCGGGUGUCCCUUAAAAUCCAUGGUGCCAGCCCAACACUUUCUCAAAACUAGAAACUAUUUUUGAAUCUCAGUUUUUUUGGGUGCCCAACUUGGGAUGCCUUAAAGGAGCCUGGUAAUUUUUUUUUCCAGAGGGUGAGUGUUCAGAGCUCCUUGGAAAUUGGGUCCCUUUAUGGUGUCAAGUUGGGCACCCAAAUCACUAAGCAUGUCUGAAAAUGUUGCCCCUCAUAUCUCAAUUCCCACAUCCCAACCACAUGGUGCAAAGGGAGACUGAGCCAACACUAAGGAUGAGGCCUAUGAAGCAUCACAGGACUCUGCCCAGAACUUUCCUGCUGUCCUGGUGCUGUUUUCCUUUUGGUCUUAAAUUCUCUUACUUGUCCCUAUCUUCUCUUCAAAUUGUGUUUGCUCAGUCCCUUCCCCUCUGCACACCCUGCUGCUCGCUACUUUGGGUAUUCUUCCUCCUCCACACACGUCCACCAUGGUAGUCUGCUGGUGACGAGAAACUUCCCCGUUAAGCUGAAAAUCUCACCAUGUAGUAUGGAUCAGAUCUUUUGAGGGACUGUGUUCCCUUCACGUUGCUUACUAAGCCACCAUGCUCCCUUGUGGGACAAACAAAGUAAUGACCUAACACUAAUCAGUUAUUCCUGGUGGCUGGAGCUGUGGAAAAUCAAGUCUUGCUCUCCCUGUGUCUCUUGCACCUGUUCCUGCAUUAUCUCAGCAACCCUAUUCCAGCUGCUGUACUCACUGAUCCAUGAAGCCUCCUCUCUCAUCCCAUGGAGGAGACUGAUCAACUGCUGUGGGCUCUUCUCAAGAGAUUUUGGAAGUAGGAUCUCUGACUCUGCCGCUUUCUCUUGAUCCUUCUUUGGUGUUCUGGCCUGUCCGUAUACCAGGCAACUCCUUCACCUCAGCCUAGAUUCAGACUAGCAACUGCAUCCAAAAUAGCGGGCAUGCUGCAUGCUGAUUAGCAACUUUUUGUAACUUGCAUCAAUUGGUUUCCAUGUUGGACUAAUCCAUGACCUUGCUUGUGUUGAGAUUUGUGUCCCUUUUAAAUGUUUUUGGCUUCUAUUUAGUGUUCAUAAUAAGCGCACACACAAAAAACACCACCCUGGUGGUGCCUGCACUGCUGAGCACUCCACAAACUUCUCCAUACAGCUGAACCACCGGGAACUCACUCCUGACUUGCAACAACACAUGGUAUCCUGACUUUCAACAUGCCCAUGUGAUCUGAAGCAGAGAUCUGCAUGCCAUAGAGUACAGUGGCCUUGUGUAUCUUGCUAUGAUAAAUGUGCACUGUGACUUUGCUUAUGCCCCGAAAUUUGUUUCACUUCUCAACUCGUGCUUUGUGCUGUAUUUACCCACCGCCACAUCUCUCUCACAGCCCCACUUCACAUGGCUUUUAUUUGUCCCCACCAAACUCCAGUGCUGAGUUUGCCCCUUGCUAGCAUUUCUUCUUUGUUCCCAGCACCCAUGGCCCUCCCGGGUCCUCCUUUUUCCCUCCUGCACACCUCUUGUUUCAGGAACUCCUUAAUUUUACUUCUGAAUCUGCUGCCGGUUGGGCUCCUGGCCAGUCAUUUAGGUGACCCUACGUGAAGCCAUUUUAAAACUUUUUGGAUGUUAUUACAGAAGAGGAAAAUCACAAGACCUCUCAAUCUGGUGCUAGAACAGUGUGGGAGCGGUGCUGUUGCUGAUGCAAAGCCUUCACUGUUGUUAGCGUGUGUGCAUGUAUGUGUGUGUACGUGUGUAUAUAAAUAUUUGAAGAGUUUCUUCAUUUUGAAAGAUUUGAGCCCAAGUUUGUUCCUGUGUUGUCAGCCUUAAUCCAGCUACCGGACACUGUGUCCAUCUUGCUGCUGCUACUGCUGUUUCUGUAUAAUGCUGGUAUGGAGGAAUCAAAAAUCUAGUUCCCAGGUCAAAACCUUUGUGCAUGAAUUGCUGGUGGCAUGGGUCUUUGUACGAUAUUGUUCAGGGAUGGAAUUUUAUUUUUCUAAUGGUUUUUCCUGUACAAACCUUUGGGGAGAUGGGGAUAGAUGUAAACUUUCUGUACAUUAAACAAGAUUUGAACUUUUAUUUAAAUAAGGUCACGGUCAACUUCGAGAUGGGUUAUAAAGGAACGCUUACCAAAAGGAACCUUGACCCUGUUGCUGAAUGAUCACCCUCUCUUAUCCCCACCCUCCUAUAAAGACAUACACAACCUUCCUCUCUGUGCUGGGAUCCAUUAUGCAUGUCCCAAGACCUUAGAGAGUCUUCCUGUGAUUGUCUGAAUUAAGAUGCUAUUUUCCCAUAAGGUGGCUAUAUCAGUGGGUGUUAAGUAUAUUGUUAAGGGAGUGGAUCGUUGGGAGGACAAGUUGUUCUCUCCUAGGAUAGCCUAGAUCUAAAAGUAAGCAUCCCUGGCAUACAAGUGGGCUGAUCUAUAGGGACUUCAGUCCACUUACUCAGUGGCAAAUUUUGGCCUGUGAAUGUCCAAAUCCUACCCUUUAUUCCUGGGUGACAGUAAUGUUGUGGAACUGCUGAACUCGUCGGGGGUCUAAUGCAGCUGGAAGCCUAGGCUGCUUCUGGAUCUCUCUGGAUAUUGCUGUUCUAUUUCCCAGCCACCUUCAUAGUCUUAACUUCUAUCCCAGAUGUCUGUAACAAGGUCAGAAAGCACCUAUUUGGUCAGUGCAAGGUAGGUGUUUCCACAAAUGCUGCCUCCAGAAGUGACUAUCAAACCCUUUGUGUGCUUGGAUGGAAGGGCAGGGGUUUGAGGCUUCUGCAAGUAGAGUAGAUUUUGAUGAUAAAGAAGCGUCCGAAAACUCAUCUCCUACUAAAAAAAUGUUAUCUGUUUGCUUGUUUGGGCUCUAAUGCUGUACAGUUUAGUUACAUUGUGUGGGGAACUCUGUCCCCAGCAGGUUUUUAGUUCAUGCUCUGUGU